UCCGAGGAAUCAGAGAUCACAGAAAAUCAUUACUGCUGUCCUGGUAUAGUUGAUGUGCUUGUGAAGAACUACAUGGGAAUCAUCCCACUGUGGAGCGGAAUGUUACUUGGCGACUUAACACGGUAAUAAACACCCACAUCUGCUGCAACAAAUAAAACAAGCAAAUCAAGAGAAACAAACUGCCAUGUGGAGCUGUGGUUUGGCUUGGUAAAAAAGAACAUCUUGGCCAAAAAAAAGUACCUCAGACCAGCAGACUUCAUCACAAAAUUGUAUACAUCUUUACAAGGUCGGUAUGUUGAACAUGUUAUGCAGCAUGGUCUGCCAGACAAACUUCUGGACAAAACUGUCAGAGUUUUGACUAAACCGGCGGAUGAUCCCAAAGAAAAAUGGAACAAGAGGGAAAGUUCUGCUGGUCAGACAAAGACCAAAUCCAAGUAUUUCAAUCCCCCAAAGACAUUACCCAAUCCCAGAACUUCCAAAGGCACAAACAAACAAAUCACCAAAGCUGAUGAUGAUGAUAAUAAUAAAGAAUCACAGUUAACCUUGCUUUGGAAAAAGAGUGACACAGAAGUUGUAGUAGCAGUUGUUCCGUCACAGAUUAAAGGUCGGAGCAUUGUGAUUCAUCAUUCUGACUUGUGCACUCUUCGACCAUAUCAGUGGUUGACAGGGGAGAUCAUUGAAAGCCUUCUGCAUGUGGCUGCCCAUGCAUUGGGAGUCAUGGACACCUUCUACAUCCUGAAUCACUACUCAGCUGGUGUGAUUUUGUUCGGGGACAGAACUGAGCUUCCUAGACAAAGUUUACCAAAGGUAAACUUUGACAACUAUGAAGCAGUUCUGUCAUUUGUCCUUGUGAACAACAAUCACUGGAAGUUGCUGUACAUCAAUGCAGAAGCCAGAACUGUGUUCCUAAUAGAUCCUGCACAAGUAUCAUCUGAGCUUGUGGACUCCCAAAAGGCAGCUAAAAGAAUACAAGAAUACUUCAAAAUGAGAAGGACAUGCCAUGGAAAAACAGACUGGGUUGGGAUCCAAUGGAAAGGGGGGACAAUGCGCCACCCUAUUCAACAAGACGGAAGCAGCUGUGGAGUUAUUGUAGUCAAAGUAAAUUAACGAGUUCAUGUUUUUUGUUAUACAAGUGUGGACACUGUGUAAUUAUUAUAGAGAAAAGUUGUCUAUCAUCAAAUACAGUCUCUAUGGUUAGUUAAAAUGGGCUUUCGGAAUUGUGGAAAGAGUGUGUAUUCACUUGGAGGAAUACAGACUCCCCCAACAGUAGCCCAUAACUGGGGUCAGUGCAACAUGCCACACAGUAUUUGUAAUUACACUUCUUCCAUCAUCUUCUAAAUGUUGAAACAUUUAGAUGUUUCACUACAGGUAUCUGUACU